AUGGAUAGUGGACAGUCUUUGAUAUCUACGCAGAGGGAUGCUACUGUCAAAGAAUUUGAUGGUGAAGAAGAUCAAUUGUGUGAUUAUAAUCACAUCAGCACACCCAAACCUUCAGGAAAAAGUGAAAAAUGUUCUGGAAUUGAAUUUUCUCCUUCAGAUAGUUUCUUUAGCCCAGGAGUAUUAAAGGAAAUAGAUGAAAUCAUAUACAGAAGUACCAAAAAGAAACUCCAAUUCGUGGAUGAAAAUUCUACAGGAACAGGAAUUGAUAUUUGUAGUUCAGCUUCUACUUUUUGUUCUCCGUAUAUGAAUAGCAUAGUUUCAAUUAGAAACAAGAUUACUGAUAUGGAAAUUGAUAUUUGCAAGUCAAUAUUAUGUUCAAAUAGAAAUCUUCGGGAAACCAUAUGGGAGUUAAAAGAUGCACAACUUAUGUUUGUUGAAGAUUCAUAUUGUUUUGAAGCAAACAAGCCUAUUAGUUGUAAUGUUAUUGAUUGUUGGUCAUCUUUCAUUAACAUUAUUUACACACCAAACUCAGUUAUGGCACCAUCCAGAGUAUUCUUCCAUACAAAAAUAUUGGUUAGUUAA